CUUCCUCUCUUCUUCCUGUUUAUUUUUUCUAACCAGCAUCUCAUAGAAUGAAAUAUUUCGGCGACACAUUUAACGGUCUAUGUAUGUAAGGAAACUGUGGAACAAGCAACAUUGAUCAUUUGCUCCAAAAUGGAAUUUCCAUUGAAUCCAUUGUAAAUCAUGGCAGUGAGCAAACGCAUGUCGCGAAUCAGGACCACGCUCGACAGUGUCACCAAGGCAGUAGGCAGCACAGACCUCAUCUCCAAGUUCUCUCGCCUCAAGCGUGGUGGUGGCGCAGUCCACAGCACACAUGCGGAAAAAGCCGAGACCUUAACCUCAAACAACACAGCUACUCCCUCACCACCUGAAACCACCAUGAAAGAAGAGGAAGAAGGUGAGAAGAACGCAGCAGAGGAAGAGUCAGACAAGCUAGACAAACAAUGGCAACAAGUUACAGAAAAUCCUUUUGUUGCCACCAAGAAGUCCAGUUUAGCUUCAGUGGCAAAUGUGUCUGCACCAGACUCGUCCUCCACUGUGGCAAAACAAACUAUGCAGCUGUUUCACCCAGCAGCACUUUCAACCAACAUGGAUGAGACCUACAGAACUCUGGCUCAGCACAUCAAUAGUUACUUUGGCACCAACACACAGGGAGAAGAUGGAGAAAAUAGGCCAGUGGAGAAGCACAGAGGAGGGGAUGAUCCUGUUUCUCAGCCUGUUCCUCACCAUGCCCCUCACGUUCCUGUUCUGUCUCCAGUGGCAGAGGCUAAGAGUAUUGAAGCACCAACUACCUCUCCUAGCCCUCCCUCUCCAUCAGAAAGGCUCAGUCCUCCUGGAGGGAUUGCCUCUUCUGACACCCCUGCAACAGAAAAUGCUGCUCCGUCCGUCCCUGUGUCUACUACCUCCGCUAAAAAAGGCUUCACCCACUAUCUAUCCUACCCUCGGCCCAGCGUUCAGGCUUUUGUUGGCAGUUACAUUGCACCACUGGUCCCCAAAUUCAGAGGUGAUUCCAAAAGCACUGCAGCUGAGAAAGACAAGGUUUCAGCAAUCACUGUGGAAGAGCCCAUUGUAGACAAAUCAGGAGAGAAGACAGAUAGUGAAGAGGAGAAAGUGGAUAGAGUGAAGCAACAGCUUUUGACUCAAAGACAGAAGAUAAUAGCCAGGGUGAGUGUAGACAACAGGACCAGAGUUCUGGUGAAAGGCCUGCAGAGGGUCACUGAUGUCAAACUCCUCACUACGCGAGUGGAGGAGCUCAGCUAUCAUCUCCUGGAGUUCCCGGAGACACGAGGUGUAGCUAUCAAGGAGAAUGUGCUACCCUGCCUGCUGCGUUUGCGGCAGGCCAAAGACCUUCCUCUUCAGGCUGCUGUGAGAGAAGCCCUGGCCCUGGUUGGGUACACCGAACCAGUCAAAGGCAGAGGAAUUCGGGUCCUGGCUAUAGAUGGCGGGGGAACAAGGGGACUGCUGGCCCUACAGACUCUCCAUAAAUUGCAGAACCUAACUGGGAAACGAGUCCACCAGCUCUUCGACUACAUCUGUGGAGUCAGCACAGGUGCCAUCCUGGCCUUCAUGUUGGGGAUUUAUCAAAUCCCCCUAGAGGAGUGCGAGGAGAUGUACAGGAAGUUGGGCUCAGAUGUGUUCAAACAGAAUGUCAUCGUUGGAACUGUCAAGAUGGGCUGGAGCCAUGCUUUCUAUGACAGCGAAAUCUGGGAAAAUAUCCUCAAGGAACGGAUGGGUGAGGGUUGUAUGAUUGAGAGUGCCAGGGACCCACACUGCCCUAAAGUGUCAGCAGUGAGCACUAUUGUGAACAGGGGUUUACCUCUGAAGGCCUAUGUGUUCAGGAACUACAGACUCAUGCCAGGAGUGAGAUCCCACUACCUUGGCGACUGCAAACACAAAAUGUGGCAGGCUAUUAGGGCCUCAUCUGCCGCCCCAGGCUACUUCCAGGAAUUUGUUCUGGGAAAAGACCUUCAUCAGGAUGGAGGGCUUCUGAUAAACAACCCCACAGCGUUGGCCAUCCAUGAGUGUAAGUGUCUGUGGCCAAACACACCUCUGCAGUGUGUCUUGUCUCUGGGCACCGGACGGUACGAGACAGCGGGCAAGAACAGCACGGCCUACACAAGCCUGAAGACCAAGCUCACUAAUGUCAUCAGCAGUGCCACAGAUACUGAGGAGGUGCACACCAUGUUGGACGCCCUCCUGCCCCCCGACACCUACUUCCGCUUCAACCCCUACAUGAGCGAGGACAUCCCGUUGAACGAGAGCCGCACGGAGAAGCUGAACUUCCUCAAGAGUGAGGGGGAGCGCUACCUGGAGCGCAACGACGCCAAGCUGAGGAACGCAGCUAGCGUGCUGGGCCAGGAGAAGAGCACCAUCCAGAGACUGGCUGAGUGGGCCAAGCUCAAGGCCGACAUGUAUGAGGGUCUCCCCUUUGUCUCCAAGCUGUAGUUGUUAGCCUGGCAACAGUGAGGCCACAAAAGAGUUUUUAAGGUAAGAAGACCUGGAAAAUAAAACUCCCAAUACCUAAAAGGGACCAAACCGGACCCAUUUUUUUGAGCAUCUAGGGAUGCAAUCUGAAAUGAAACACUAACUGUUUACGAGGUUUGUUCUACAUUAACUAAAAGAUAAUUAUUCCAAAAAAUAAAUACAGUACUAUAAAUAAUAGUGUGAAAUUACAAAUGUGAUGUAAUCUAUCCUUUGUGAGACAGAAUAUGUCUAUAAUGGAGACAAAGACGGCAAUGUGGCGCUGACACAUGACCGUACUCCAGUAGAAUUCCACUAUGAUAGGAUAACUGUGGUUAUUUUGUAAAGAUGUAAGACUGAUGUUCCUUUGCAUUUUCAGUAACUUGAAUACAUUAAAAUGUAAUUAAUACAUGAUUGCACUGUGAGAACGUAAACAUGACUGCCUAUUUCUAACCCUGUACAGAAGAAAGACCUCAUGCACUUUGUAAAAUAUAAUUCUUAACUAAGAAAAUGAAAAUAAUGUAAUAAUGAACUCUUUGAGUGUCAUUGCCAGAAUUUAUGAAUAAGAUAAGAGAAAUACACUUCACCAAACUGAAAUCUGUUCUUGUACUUAUUAUAAAGUAUUAGAAUUUGAUCAGCGUUAUCCUCAUGGUACAAAAGCAUGUUCCACUUUGUUCUUCUUAGAUCAAUGAAUUGUGGUCCAUUAGUUAGUGUGAAGCUUUUGCCUUUAACCUCCCUUGAGCCUGAAUUUCUCAGCCCCGACUUUUGUUACUAUUCACUUUAUAAAUUUGACACACGUUUUACAUUACCCUGAUUCCUCCCUUCCUCGUUAAUUUGUGGAAUGCGAAAAUCAAAAAAAAGUGUCAUGAAAUAAUAAAACUUGGUUUU